CAAGAUGGCGGCCAUGACAGAGGAGACGCAGAAAAACUUCAAACGGGUUUUCAUUAACAAUCUUGAUACAUACUCAUCGAAAUAUAUCGCAAAGUUUUUAAACUCAUGUUUAGUUGGUGCGUCUCUUGUGGACACUGAUCCUGACGCAGAGAAAGAGGAGGACACGUUGCAUGAUGAGUAUUCAGAAAUCAAAGAGAACACCUUCCAGAUUGUGGGGAGUGUUUCCAACCCAACAGAAGAGAAGAUUGGAUAUAUUGAAGAGUACAGCAGCUGUGAGCGUGAAGACCUUCUCCAUCAUCUCAUGAAGUGCGAUGUCAUCAUUUAUAAUAUUUCUCAGCAUCCUGAUCAGAUGGAUGAAGCACAGUGGGCCGUCUCGGCUCUUCACGAGGAAGUGGACACAUUUUCUGAACCAAAGAUGUUCAUCCUUGUGUCAUCCAUCAUGACAUGGGCUAUGUCUACACCAGCUGAUAAAGAUGAUCCAGAGAUUCCUUUUACAGAAGGACAUUACCGGAGAAGAAAACCACACCCCAACUUUCAGGAUCACAUCAGUUUGGAGAAACUUGUAGUCAAAUUAGGCAAAACUAAAAGCUCAAAGUUCUCCACAUAUGUGGUUGCAUCGGGGCUACAAUAUGGAAUGGGAGAACACAUCUUUCACCUCUUUUUUAAGAUGUCAUGGUUGGGGGAAGUCCUGAAGGUGCCCAUCUUUGGAGAUGGCACAAAUUUUGUUCCCACUAUUCACAUCAGUGAUCUGGCAGGGAUCAUCCAAAAUGUCAUUGAUCACAAGCCAGGGUCACACUACAUUGUUGCUGUUGAUGACUCCAAAAACACAAUGGAGAAUAUCAUCAAGGCAAUAUCUUAUGCACUGGGGCCAGGAAAAACACAGAAAGUUUCAAAAGAGGACAUUUUUCUCGAACAGAAUCUUACGCAAACAGAUAUUGAUUCUUUAUUUGUCGACCUUCGAGUUGAAGCACCCUAUCUAAAGGAGAAUUUUCAUAUCCAGUGGGUGUCUGAGGCCGGCAUUAUUGAAAACAUUGAACAGAUCACAGAAGAAUACAGACAGAACAGGGGACUGCCGCCCACUCGUAUCUGCAUACUGGGACCUCCUGCCGUUGGGAAAAGCACAGUAGCAGAAAUGAUCUGCAAGCAUUACCAACUUCAUCAUAUUAAACUUAAGGAGACCAUAACUGAAACAUUACACAACCUGGAAUCAAGUGUCCAGACGGAAGACCUGGAAGACGAACCGAGUGAAGCUCAGGAAUUUCUGGACACUUUAAAGGAAAACAUGAAUCUGAACGGAGGACGACUGGAUGACCAGUAUGUGCUCCGUAUUAUGAGAGACAAACUCAAGACCAAACCUUGCAUGAAUCAAGGCUUUGUUUUGGAUGGAUUUCCAAAGACACAUGAGCAGGCAAAGGAGCUAUUUAAAAAUGAUGAAGACCAAGAAGACAUGGAAUCUAAAUGCAAAGAAAAGAUCAUUCCAGAGUUUGUGUUCUCUCUUAAUGCCACUGAUGUUUUCCUGAAAAACCGAGUUCUGAACCUACCAGAAAGCCUCGUAGAAGGAACCUCCUACAGCCCUGAGCAGUUCCUACAGCGCUUGGCCAGAUUCAGAGAGAGAAAUGUAGAGGAUGAGACAUUACUGAACUACUUCGAAGAUCUUGAAAUUCAUCCUGAACUCUUCGAGAUAACAAGCAACGAUGACAAUGAGUACUUGACGGUCACAGAUAAGAUUUAUAGAAAACUGGGCAAACCAAAGAACUACAGCCCAAACCCAGAGGAGGUGGAGGAGGCAGAGAGACGGCAAGCUGAGGAGCUGUUAAAGAAACAACAAGCACAGAUGUCAGAACUCCAGGAGAAAGAGGAAGCCCAGAGCCGGGCUCAGUGCUGGGAUGAGUGGAAUCAGCGUCUUGAAGAAGUUAAAAGACAAGAGCAUGAACUGUUGGAGUCUCAGACAGCACCUAUGAGGGAUUACCUGAUGAGGGCUGUUAUGCCCACUCUCACCCAAGGGCUCAUCGAAUGCUACAGAACACUCCCCGAUGACCCAAUAGACUUCCUGGCCGAGUACCUUCUGAAAAAUAACCCUGAAGCAUAAUUAAACAGGAAGAUUGUUCUCCUGAGUUCAGCUGUAGGGACAACUAUUGCUUUUUCUUGUCAGUUGCGAGAAUUUCUUCUUUAAUCUUGAUGGCAAAUAAGGAUCUAAUUGAAAGGUGUCAUUGAGUCCUUGAUUAUAAAUAACAUUUUUAUUACUGU